ACAGAGGCGCCUAGUUUGAGCCCUCAAGUUCUAAUGGUAGAUUUAUUAUGAAAUAUCACUUGGACUCUUAUAAACUAACCGAAGAUGAGAAGAAGAAAAUUGAGGAAUUUCUUUCACUUAUUCAAAACUCUCAAAAUUCUCCUGAAUAUCAUCAGCUAGCUUUUAAUAUUUUAGCUGCACGCAAGUUUUCUGUCCCACAGGCUAUGGAGCUGUAUCAUAAUUAUCAAACAUUUUUGGCCAGUGAACAGAUUACUCGUGUUGAUCCCUUCGAAGAGGAUGUCAGACGUGAACUAUUGUCAGGGAAAUUCGUCAUUCUCAAUGAUGAUGACAUACCUGGUGUUCGUGUGGCACAGUUUUUUGUCAGAUUACAUCGAAAAUCAGGAAAUCAUCGGGCUUUGUUGCAUAGUAUCAUCUUUCAGCUAGAUGCUGCAUUGAGAAGAGAAACAGCUGCUAGAAAUGGUCUUGUAUUCAUUUUUGAUAUGACCGAUUCAAAAUAUUCCAACUUCGAUUAUACGUUUUCAUGCAAGUUAUUCAAGAUGUUACGAUCCUCCUAUCCUGUACGUCUCCGGCGUGUACUAAUCCUAACUGCUCCUCUCUGGUUUCGUGCUCCUUUCUUAUUAAUGCGAGUAUUUAUUCGUGAAUUAUUUCAAGAUUGUGUAUAUGUACUUCGUCCUUCACCGGGAACCAAAUUAGAAGCACUUAGCCAUCCUGAUCCCAUUAUUUUAAAACGUGAUCAUUAUGCUUGGCUUCAAACUGCUCUAUCAAGAACUGGAUGGUUAUUGACUGAAGCAGAACAGGCCGCACUUCCUAUUGGUCAUCGUAACCAAACAGUUGGUGCAUUUUUUGGUCCACCCCCAGAAUCUACCGGGUCAUUAUCGGAUUCUAGUGAUUCUGAGUUUCGUGAAGAUGAUGAUUCUUUUUCCACUAAUCAACUAGAUGAUGCUGCUGUCGAUGAUGAUUUAAUUAGUGUUGGUGAUUUAGAUCCAUUUUCUUUGACUAGUUCAUAUUCCGGUGAAGCUGAAAGUUCAGAUUUAGAAGAAUGUACAUCGGAUGUAAUAAUGAAAACAUUCUCAUCAUCUAAUUCAGAAAAAAUGAAUGAUAGUAAUUUCAAUCCAAAAUCCGUUUCAAAUUACUCGGAAGCAUGUUCAUAUGAUCAUAAACGUCAAACAUUAUCGAAUUCAGAACAUGGUGGGACGCCUACUCCUCCGACAGUUGCUAAACGCCCACAACUGUCAAAUACUGCGAAUUUGAACUAUUCCACUCUCAUAUCUGAUCAUACAAAUAGUCGUUCUUCAAAUGCAAUCACCUCAGGGAACCAUGUUAUGGGUUUUAAUGAAGACUUAUCAUUGGUACGUAUUGACCCUGUAACUCCUACUGCUGACAAUUGUAUCAACUCACCUUUAAUAUCCGAAGCUUUUGAUACCAAACAAACUGGUUUUAAUUAUGGGAAUUCUCAUGCACUUAACUCAUCUUGUUCAUCCAAUACAUCUUUCUUCUCGACUGGUUCUACUGGUGUACAUUCUACAAAAUGCAGUCCAAUCAGUGAUAAACUCUUAAACCAGUUAAUAACAUCAGGUUUACCGAAAACAACUGAAUUCGAAAGACGUGGAAUGUCAAAAGUUAUCCAUGAAGUUUCAGGUUUAACAACUUCUAAGGAUCAUGACUUACCUCUUGCAGAUGCUGAAAUUUCAGAUUCUAUUUGUUUAGCUCCCGUCCAAAAUAAAGUUGCACCUCUUGCUCAAGAUGAAAUAGGAGAUCGAACUAUUUGUAAUAAUAAAAAUCCAGUUCAUAUGUUGCCAAGAGUUCCAGGUAAAUCAAUUUUGUAUUGUCAUUUAUCUUACCUUUUAUCACUUAUAUUUUGCUUUUGGUUAAAUUCAUUUCAUAUACCUUCUCUAAGGUUUUUAAUUCAUUAUACAAAUCAUUUAACUGAGAAGCCCAUCAUGGACUAGCUAUAAGAAAAGAUUUCGUAUUUGUUGUGAACUCCAAGUUAGUAGACCACAUUUUUCAGGUAUAAUUAUUGUGUAACACAGUUUAAUGACUAUAGUAGUAAAGCUUCAACUGUUAAUUUUACGAGUAUCAGAAGAGAUAUACGUGUAUAAACGGACCCUGGUUCUCUAAAGGCGUGACAUUGUAUUAAAAAUAGAUCUGAUGGACAAUAUUUGUUACCCAGGUUGAGGAAUUUGGUAUGUUUUAUUCCUUUGGCUUAACAGUUUAGUCGUGAUGUUUUCAUUGAUUUCGUAACCAAGAUCGUGGGCUGUCAGAAUUUCUUCACAAUUAACUAGCAACUUGUUUCAGGUAAAAAAACUUUCUUAUUUUAUGUAUAAAGUCAGUUAAAGCUUCAGAAAUAAACCACCUAGCUCAGAAAAUAAAAUACCUACAGAAUACAUACGUUUAUAUAGACGGAUAUCUCUCACAUCGAUGAUAGACAAGGAUAAAAAUAUACAACCGCUUCUCCAUACUGAUAUGGUUCAUAGACUUUUCAUGAAAACUCGUAAAUGCGUUAUGUAGCAUUAUUAAGAUAGAUGUAAGACAGGCAAAUAUAUGUCAGUAAUUGUGUAAUUGGAAAACAGUUGGCCCUAAAGUUUAACUAUUGCUCAAGUGAAUAAGUUUUAUGUUAUACUAUAUAGAUCAGUAACUUUUCCAUCUGAAUAAUUUAACGUUGGAAUAUUUUCUCUGCUUCCCUGUUAUGGUCUAUCUGAUGUUCGUUGGCCAACAUGUAUAUGAUAAACGUAUAUUACUUAAGCUCAGCGAUUUAAAUGUUAAUUGCUCGCAUAUAGACUUGGAAGUACUGAGUUCGAUCUCUGGUGGGGUGGUUGACGCACACUACUGAGGAAGAGCGGCUCCAUAUAUUAGGAUGGAUUAGCUGUCCUGUUCAUCCUGAUUUCCAGCGGUUGUUUAACUACAGUCAGUCCGUACUAUAAACUAUUUUGUUUCCGUUUCAUUCUAUUUAUUCUUUCUUGCUUUUCCUAUUUCAUCAACAAAAAAGCGUUUGAUUCCAGACUAGUUAACACUAGUCAUCCGUCAUUAGAUGUUAUCCCUAAUUGGGCAAUUGGUCGCCCUCAAGGGGAGUCAAUUCACCAAGACCAUGAUUUAAUAUAUCCUGUUGAAUUAUCAUCAUCAAUGAAUAAUAGUCAAACUACAGAAAUUACUCCAUUGAAUUCCUCAUCAUUAAGUUAUUUGGUUUCUUCAAGCUAUGAUAAAUGCAAUGAAUGGGGCGAAGAAGCUCCUUCUUCUUCCUCUUCUCCUCUUCAUCAUACCGCUAACAGUAAAACAGUGUCUAUUGCUUCACCAAUCAAUAAUAAUCAUAAUACAUGCUGUGAUAAUAAUCGAGAUGCAUCAUUAUCGUCAUCAGUAGAAAGACAAAGGAUAUACGAUGAAAUUGACGCAAAUAUGAUUGAAAUCAAUAGUACAACAUCUAGCAGUGAUGAUGUUUCAGCUAGAAAUGAUGAAGGCGUAAUCGAUGUAGUUGUUAACGAUGAUGAUUUCGAACCCGAAGAAGAAAUAGAAGAGGAUGAUGAUGAUGAUGAUGAGGAGGGGAGGAAGAGGAUGAAUAUGAUGACGAUAACUUGGAAGUGACUCAAACAAUUAUUAUGCAAGAACAUUGGAUGAAUCCAAAUGAACUAGUACAACACAUUGAAAAUGUUGGUUUGACUGGACUUAAUUCAGAGUAUAGUGCACUUGUUCAGUUGAAGAACGAAUAUACGCAUAUUGCUUUCAAGCAUAUACUUAAUCGGAGUAAAAAUCGUUAUUGUGAUGUGAUUUGUCAUGAUGCAACUCGUGUUUAUCUCCAACCAUUAUUAUUAUCGUCGGAUAUUUCUAGAAUUUCCACUAGUCGUAGUGAUGAAGAUCCUACAGUAUUAUGUAAUGCUCAGAAAUCCCUUACCGCGCGUCUUCAUCGUACACAUUCAGCACCAAUAUCAGCGCAUACACUAGUAAAAAAUUAUAUUCAUGCCAAUUGGGUCGAUGGUUAUCGACAGAAAAACGCUUUUAUCUGUACUCAGGGUAUGUGGUAAAGUUUUAUUUGUGAUUGCUCAAUCUAAUAAUUUUUUUAUGUUUUUAGCAAAACUAUUUGCAGCUUACUUUAAAUUUUGUUUUAUUAGUGAAGUCGCAAAUGAAGUACUAAUAUAAGCCACGAUGAAGAUGCUUACAGUUCAACAAAGUUUAUUUUUUAUGUAUUUAACCAAGUCAUUAUUAUGUUUGCAUAUAUAUCUGUAUAUCGCACUAUUAUGGAUCGAAAUUCAUGCAACUCUCUUAGAUCCGCUACUCUCGCUUCAUUCAGUCGGUAAUUCAUCACCGUAAGACGUGAAACCAGCGUUCAACGGUCCAAGUUACCUCACUUUAGACCAGCCGAGAAAAAAAAUCAAGAUGAAUGAAAAGCAUAAGGUGAGAAAUUAUAUCGGCGACAAGGGAAAUCGAAAUAUGAGAAGCUCAGUUCAAAAGGAUAACUUUG